CGGAAGCGCUGUGUGCGCCGUGCCGUGCAGCGCGGCUCCACGCCGCCGAGCCUCCCGCCCUCCCCGCACUCGGGCUCGCCGGGAGCCGCCACCUCCGGGCUCGCACCGCCGGGAGCUGGAGCCGGAGCGGGCUGUUUGUGAAGAGCAGCCGCGGCUGGAUGACGCCGUUCCGCUCCGCUCGGCGCCCCGGAAGAGCUGAGUUGGGCUCCGCCUCCUGAUCCGGAAGCGCCUGGCCGCUCCUCUUUCCGAGACGGCCCUGGAAGGAGGAGCGAUGCAAGAGGAGGGAGAGUGAGAGGGGAGGGUACAUUGACAUCUGUCUGAUACUAGACUGGUGAAUAGGAAGAAGGUCCCAUCUCUGGCCCGUUUGUGGAAGCUGGGAUGAUGAAGGCACUGCAGUGGGAACGUGCUGUGGUACAGGGUUGAAGCUCCAGCCCAUGUGGGAUAGUUAUAGAGCAAUUGGAAGGGUUGCGUGCAGAGUUCUGGUAAAGAUGGAAGAAUCUCAUUUCAACUCCUCUCCGUACUUCUGGCCAGCAGUGCCGACCGUCUCGGGACAGAUUGACAACACCAUGUUUAUCAACAAGAUGAAGGAGCAGCUUUUGCCCACGGAGAAGGGCUGCAGCCUUGCUCCCCCCCACUACCCUGCCUUGCUGACAGUGCCCACCUCAGUGGCUCUACCCACUGGCAUUGCAAUGGACUCUGACACCAAACCGGAGCAGCUGACACCACACAGCCAAGCCCCUGUGACUCAGAACAUCACUGUGGUGCCAGUGCAGUCUGCUGGGCUCAUGACGGCAGGUCCUGGUCUCGUGAUAACUUCUCCGUCGGGCUCCCUGGUGACCACAGCCUCCUCUGCACAAACCUUUCCCAUCUCAGCUCCCAUGAUCGUCUCCGCAUUACCCCCUGGCUCCCAGGCAGCCCUCCAGGUGGUGCCUGAUCUGACCAAGAAGGGGACAACCACCCUCUCUGAAGGUGGGGGGGGGGGCGGGGGUGGGGGAGUUGCCCCCAAACCGCCUCGGGGCCGGAAGAAGAAACGAUUGCAGGAAUCGGGGCUGCCAGAGAUGAGUGACCCCUUUGUGCUGUCGAACGAGGACGAUGAGGACCAGCACAAGGAUGGCAAGACAUACAGUUCCGUGAGCAGCGGAACUAAUGAAGCCUGGUUUCCAGCGUCUCUCUCCUGUGUGGAUUCUCUGAUGUCUAAUCAAGGGUGCCGGAUGUGUUCGCUGACCUUCUACUCCAAGUCAGAGAUGCAGAUCCACUCCAAGUCCCAUACGGAGACAAAGCCACACAAGUGUCCUCACUGCUCCAAGAGCUUCGCCAACAGCUCCUACCUGGCCCAGCACAUUCGCAUCCACUCAGGGGCCAAGCCCUACACGUGCAGCUACUGCCAGAAGGCCUUCCGCCAGCUCUCCCACCUGCAGCAGCACACACGGAUCCACUCCAAGCUCCACACGGCGAUUGUCAAGCCGCACAAGUGUCCUCACUGCUCCAAGAGCUUCGCCAACACAUCCUACCUGGCCCAGCACCUCCGCAUCCACUCGGGGGCCAAGCCCUACACCUGCCGCUACUGCCAGAAGGCCUUCCGCCAGCUCUCCCACCUGCAGCAGCACACACGUAUCCACACUGGGGACCGACCCUACAAAUGCGCUCACCCUGGUUGUGAAAAGGCUUUCACGCAGCUUUCCAACCUGCAGUCCCACAGACGGCAGCACAACAAAGACAAACCUUUCAAGUGCCACAACUGCCACCGUGCAUACACAGAUGCUGCCUCGCUGGAGGUACACCUGGCUACACACACGGUGAAACAUGCCAAGGUCUAUACCUGCUCCAUCUGCAGCCGGGCCUACACCUCGGAGACGUACCUGAUGAAGCACAUGCGGAAACACAACAUCCCUGAUCCACAGCAGCAGGUGGUUCAGGCCCAAGCCCAGGCCUCUCAGCAGCAGCAGCACUUCCAGCCACAGGGAGGUGGGGCAGCAGGGGGCCCUUCUGGAGACACUAACCAACCCAAUCCUCCCCCUCAGUGCUCCUUUGACCUGACUCCUUACAAGACUUCAGAGCAUCACAAGGACAUCUGCCUCACUGUCAGCACCAGCGCCAUCCAAGUGGAGCACCUCUCCAGCUCCUAGAGAGACCUCAAACCAGGGAGCAGAAAGCCUCUUGUGCAUAGCCUGCGCCCAGGGGCACCGCUUGUGUGGUGGCCCUCCUCGUGCAACAGUCUCCGGCCUCUCCUCCUGCAACAGCCUCUUCUGGCCGUGUAACCCUGUUCAUGGCAGCCCCUUGAAUAACAGCCUUUAUCAAGGGGGUGCUCUUUCUGUGCAACAGCCUGCCUGGUAGGAGGAUGCUUCCUUGUGCAAGAGCCCCUUUCCUGUGCUGGGAUCACUUCCUCAUGCAAAAGCCCCUCCUUUAAAACCCAAAGAAAGGCCUCUGUUUUGCCUUCUCUCACUGUAGGAUGCGUAUGAAGGGGUGGGGAGGUGUUGAGACAUGCAUGGUGAAUGGAAUGGAGUCCUAGUAUGUACAGGGGCUUGGACACGCUUUCAGUGAGCCACAGAAGAAUGUGGCAGGGUUCACAGCUGGAUGGUUUUUUUUGUUGCUUUUUUUGAGGAUUUCCUUGAGUGUCUAAGAGGGAAAUAUCCAUUCCUGUUCCUCCUGCUUGUGAAAGGGAGUAGGGGUCGAUCACCUGCCCCCAGGACUGGAUGGGAGAAACCUCCCCAGUGGAAAGUGAGACCAGUGUGGGGGAGAGGUGAGGCAUGUUCUCUGGGCUGGACAGGUGCCUACACUGCCUGGGGGCUAUGGAGUAUUGCACUCUUUCUUCUCCCCUAGUGGUGGAGAGCAAUAGAGAGGAGUCUAUUGGAACUGGCUGCUGCCUCUCCCCGCUAUCUGAGCAGCGUAAUGGCCAAGGCCCCAUAGGAACGUGGGUUCCUGCUCGUUGCUCUUCCUGCCCGUUGUGGAUGAUGUCCUAGCAGCUUGUACUUCUCCUCUCCCUCCUGCUUCCCCCCCAACCUCCUCAGAAAAGCCUGCAGGCAUCAACAACAAACCAAAAAGCAAUGGAGGGGAGGGUGAGAGACUGCCAAAAUAAUCAUCGCCCUUCUCUCUACUCCCUUUCCCGCAAGGUGGAACAACAGCAGUUCUGACUCACGCCCCUGUCCUGCCCCGUUUCCUAAAGGGAAGGAGGAGGAGGAGUAGACCAGUCUUUCAAGGAGCCGGCGGGUGGUAGGGAAAGGCUAGCUUCUCUGCUCAGCUCUCACCAGAGUGCUCUCUCAGGCUCCUCUUGCCAAGACGGGCUGGACUCACAUGGCAGUGGUGGCCUCUUCUGGACCCUGAUCAUGGGAGAGAAUCCCCAAAAGGACAGUGGAGAGAAAGGGAUGAAGAUCCCCACAGAGAGACCAAUCUAAAGAGAACGGGGAGCCAACAAGAAUAAACUGAAGGCCCCGUGAAUUUAUAUAUAUAUACAUAUAUAUAUAUAUAAAUAUCUAUUCCCCACCCCCAGCCCGCUCUGUCCUUGCUGUAACUGUUUCUAUCUCUGUGUUUAUAAAACGCAUUAUCCUGGCAAAUUUUUAUUUUCAAUCUUCGUUUGUUUUUCCCUCUCUCUUUGUCUUCGCUUCUCCUUCCCUUUUGGUUUGUUUGAUUUAUUUUAUUUUAUUUUAUUAUUUUUUGGUCCACAUGACUCCUGGUCUUGUGUAUCGCUUCUUAGUUUCUUUGGAUCGUGGAGGCUGACUCAAAUGAGAAGGCAAGGGAAAAAAAAAAGCAUGUGUUGGGAUUUAAAAUACCCACUCAAAGCCUAUAGUUUCAGAUUUCUGUACCAACAACCAGAAGGAGCUUUUUUUUUUUUUUUUUUUUUUUUUUAAAUCACCUUGUGUAGAAAUAAACUGGUGUAAAAGGCUCCUCAGAGGUGCUGCUGCAAGCACCCUGCCCCUGUGCCGUGUGUUUCUUCCCCACGCACCAGACUGCAGCGCGAGCAUCUUGCUGCUGCAAGCAUCGAGCACCGUGAGUAAUGCAUCCCUGUCUUCAGGCAGCCUUGUGGUUUGCGCUGUGAAAGUUGGAGCUCUGCACCUGUGUAGCCUGUGGCAGAGAGUUGCUUCUCUGUGCUUAGUCAGCAGGCUUGGCUGCAAGUGGAUGAAGAGUUUUUUUGUAGGUUCACAGGUCAGGCUAGAAGAGGCUACCUGACUCCUAAAUUUUACUGGUGACGUUUCAACCUAUUUAUCCUGCACUGAGCCUCGAUAGCUAAGGUGUAUUUUAAGUGCAUAUUCACAGAAUGUAUUGGCUUGAUUUUGAGGCACGGGGAUACAGCAAAUCCCUUCCAUUAGUAACCUGUUGCAAGGGCUUUGUGUUCUUGCUCUUUGAAUAUCGUAAGUUUGGUUUCUCUUGGAUUUCGUUGCCUUUGGCUUCCAGUUCAGAUCCAUCUCACAGAUUUAGAGAACCUUAGAGCUUCCUCCUCUGACCUGGUAUUUAAACACUAACAUCUCUCAAUCUACUUUUUACAAGCUAAGUAGAGGGAACUCCUUCAGUCUUCCACUAUAAGGGAUUUCCUCUUGCCUGUGAAUUAUUCUUGUCAAUUGUUUUCUAUAUCUUUUAAAAGCAUUCAUUUCUGAAUUAAGUGUUCAAUCUCCAGUGCCAUGGACAAGGUUGCCCUUCCCUUUGCCUUAAGUCUGCAGAGGAUUGCAUUUUCUCUUUUCUCCAGCAUUAUACAGGAGCUCACGUUAGCUGCUUAUCUGGUGCAGUUCCUGGAUCAUCAGAAAUCUCAGCUUCCCGUGGUAGUCUUUUCUCCUUUCUAUAGAGAUAGUUCAAGUUCUUAUUUCCUGCUUGUUUGAUGUCAGACUGUCUCUCAGUCCAUUUUGUUUGACCUGGCUUGCAGUGGUCCAUGUCACAAGCCACUUUGCCAGUUUUGUUACCCACAAACUGUAUCAGUUGUUGCUUUUUUUUUUUUUUUUUUUACUUUCAGAUCCAUCUGACCUACACUAACUUGAAAAGCAUCAUUCAGUGCAACUUUUUAUUAGCUGCUUUUCGAGACUUGCAGGCUAGAAGGCAUUUCUUAAUCCUCUUAGUAUGUGAUUAUGUACAGUAAAUCUUCUUGACUUAUGGUGCUAGGUCAAUGCCUUAUGAAAAGUUAAGUAUGUUGCACCUAUGCAGUCCCCUUUGUUAAACCAAACAUAUAAUGAUGUCAUCAAAGAAUGAAACCAGGAUUUCGUUUACUUUUGCUUUUUUUCUCCUUUGGACUGUAGGUUUCAUUCUUCACUCGUUCUUUCAUUCUUCAUCUCAACAGCUUUUCCAUUAUUUUGCCUCAGACUGAUUAUGACACCGAGUCCUUUCGUUUGCACUUUGGGAAUGCUGUCAUGUGUCUUACAGUAUUUCUCUAAUACCCCACAUUUCAUUAAAAUUGGACUUGUUGGGCUUGA